AUUGAUCUAAUGCAGUUUCUGAAGGCUUUCUAUACAGGUGAUGUCAUCCUUUUAGCUCUAUUCUCCUCCCACUCUCUUUCCUUCUUAUUAGAUAUUUCAUCUUACUGCAGAGCAUAGAAUCAAUAGGAGCUUCUCCUUAGGGAGCUGCUGUGAAACAGGCAAGGACAGUAGGAAUUAAGACACUAACAUACAGUCUUGCUUUAGCAAAAGAUGUAGUGUUUUUGUACCAUAUUAUAUAUAAAUUUCAACCAGAAAGCCAGGCUUAGAUCAACAAUUCUUAGUGAUGCAUUAGAACAAGAAGCAGUACUGCAGAGCUGUGAAUAGUGAAUGUGAAAAGAGAAAUUUGUAAUUUUGAAGAUUCUCAGGCAUGCUGCAGGACAAACCUGUUAGAACAUAUGUCUUCUAACUACCAUUUGCUCAACGGUUGAUUUUUUUUUUUUCUUUUUUAACCUCUGGUGGUAAGAAUAUAAAGAAGAAACUUUCGUUUUAAGGAUACAGUGUUCUGGUUGCUUCUGAUGCAGAAGAAUCACUGCAGUGCUUGCUCUACAGAAUGAAAUAAGUUGAAGAAAAGACAAAGCUGUAUUAUAGAGAGGAAAGGUUUCUCAGAAUCCAGGACCCAGAUUUGGUGCAUGUUGCCUUAUUUGCUUUCAUUGUUACAUUAUUUGUUGUGUUACCACUGCAUGUCUGUGCCAGGUGUCUGAGGUAGCAUGUGUAUGUCUGUGUGUUCUGAGCCAGAAAUAUAAACAUCUUGAUUUACUGUGAUUUGCUUGUUUAAAGUGAACAUUUUGAUGAAAAUUGUUGCAGUUUUUAGAACAAUACACUAAGCUACUGAAAGCUGAUUUCCGUUUGAAAGGGAUUUGGAGAAGCUGUCUAUAUAUAUAUAUAUAUAUAUAACACUACAAGUGUUGUAUGAUUUGUAAAAAGAAACUUAAUAGAAUUUUGUCAGCAUACUCAUCAGUGUGGCUCUGGUUUGAAAAGGAAACUACCCUUUCCAGCCCAGGAAAUGGCUUUUCUUGUUCGCUGUUAUGCCAAUUGUCUUCAGCCAUGGGCCUCCAAACUUCCAGCCGAUCUUACGAAGAUGCAUAUCACAGACAACCCUCAUCCACAGGUGACUCAUGUGUCUUCCAGUCAUUCUGGUUGUAGCAUCGCUAGUGACUCCGGGAGCAGCAGUUUAUCUGAUAUCUAUCAGGCGACGGAAAGUGAAGUAGGAGAUGUAGAUUUAACACGUCUUCCAGAAGGACCUGUUGAUUCUGAGGAUGAAGAGGAGGAAGAUGAAGAGAUUGAUCGAACAGAUCCACUGCAGGGGCGAGAUCUUGUCCGAGAAUGUCUUGAAAAAGAACCUGCAGACAAAACUGAUGAUGACAUUGAACAAUUACUGGAGUUUAUGCACCAGCUCCCCGCUUUUGCAAACAUGACCAUGAGUGUAAGGAGAGAACUCUGCUCAGUGAUGAUUUUUGAAGUGGUAGAGCAGGCUGGAGCUAUUAUUCUUGAAGAUGGACAAGAGCUUGACUCAUGGUAUGUUAUUUUAAAUGGCACUGUAGAAAUCAGCCAUUCAGAUGGAAAAGUUGAAAAUCUCUUUAUGGGAAAUAGUUUUGGAAUUACUCCCACUCUGGAUAAGCAGUUCAUGCAUGGAGUUGUUAGGACUAAAGUAGAUGAUUGCCAGUUUGUCUGCAUAGCCCAGCAGGAUUAUUGGAGAAUUUUAAAUCAUGUGGAAAAAAAUACCCAUAAAGUUGAAGAAGAGGGAGAAAUUGUUAUGGUGCAUGAGCAUCGUGAACUAGAUCGGAGUGGAACCAGGAAAGGACACAUUGUAAUCAAGGCAACACCUGAACGUCUCAUCAUGCAUUUAAUAGAAGAGCAUUCCAUUGUGGACCCAACUUACAUAGAAGAUUUUCUAUUAACUUAUAGGACGUUUCUUGAAAGUCCUUUGGAUGUUGGAAUUAAACUAUUGGAAUGGUUUAGAAUUGACAGCUUAAGAGAUAAGGUAACACGGAUUGUCUUAUUAUGGGUAAAUAAUCAUUUUAAUGAUUUUGAAGGUGAUCCUGCUAUGACUCGAUUUCUGGAGGAAUUUGAAAAAAAUCUGGAAGAUACGAAAAUGAAUGGUCAUCUGCGGUUACUGAAUAUUGCAUGUGCUGCGAAGGCUAAGUGGAGACAAGUUGUGCUACAAAAGGCCUCCCGGGAGUCCCCUCUGCAUUUCAGCCUUAAUGGAGGAAGUGAGAAGGGAUUUGGUAUUUUUGUCGAAGGAGUAGAACCCAGUAGCAAAGCUGCUGAUGCAGGACUGAAACGUGGUGAUCAGAUAAUGGAAGUAAAUGGACAAAACUUUGAGAAUAUUACAUUUGUGAAGGCCCUUGAAAUUUUGAGGAAUAAUACUCAUCUUGCACUUACUGUAAAGACCAACAUUUUUGUGUUCAAAGAGUUACUUAGUAGGACUGAACAAGAGAAAUCUGGUGUUCCUCACAUUCCCAAAAUUGCUGAAAAAAAAAGCAAUCGCCAUUCAAUCCAGGAUGUACCAGGAGACAUUGAGCAGGCACCACAGGAGAAAGGAAAUAAGAAACUAAAAGCAAAUACUGUUUCAGGUGGAAGAAACAAAAUCAGGAAAAUUUUGGAUAAAACACGAUUUAGUAUCUUGCCUCCCAAACUAUUUAGUGACGGAGGCUUGAGCCAAUCACAAGACGACAGCAUUGUGGGAACGAGACACUGUAGACACAGUCUGGCUAUAAUGCCUAUCCCUGGAACACUGUCAUCCAGCAGCCCGGAUCUCCUGCAGCCUACUACCAGCAUGUUGGAUUUUUCCAAUCCUUCAGCUAUUGGCUUUUACUAUAUUCCUGAUCAAGUUAUAAGAGUUUUCAAAGCAGAUCAACAAAGUUGCUACAUUAUCAUCAGUAAAGACUCUACAGCUAAAGAAGUUGUUUGUCAGGCUGUUCAGGAAUUUGGUUUGACUGGUGCAUCUGACACAUAUUCUCUCUGUGAAGUUUCUGUUACUCCUGAGGGUGUCAUAAAACAGAGAAGACUUCCGGACCAAUUUUCCAAAUUAGCUGAUAGAAUUCAGCUCAACGGAAGGUAUUAUUUAAAAAAUAACAUGGAAACCGAGACCUUAUGUUCAGAUGAAGAUGCUCAAGAACUAGUUAAGGAAAGUCAACUAUCCAUGCUGCAGCUCAGUACCAUUGAGCUGGCCACUCAACUAUCAAUGAGGGACUUCGAUUUGUUUCGUAAUAUUGAGCCUACUGAAUACAUUGAUGACCUUUUUAAGUUAGAUUCCAAAACAGGAAAUACUCACUUGAAAGAGUUUGAGGACAUUGUAAACCAAGAGACAUUCUGGGUUGCCUCAGAAGUUUUAAACGAAUCGAAUCAGCUUAAACGAAUGAAGAUUAUUAAACAUUUUAUUAAAAUCGCACUUCAUUGUCGAGAAUGUAAGAACUUCAAUUCCAUGUUUGCAAUAAUAAGUGGCUUGAACCUGGCAUCUGUAGCACGACUCAAAGGUACUUGGGAAAAGUUACCAAGCAAGUAUGAGAAACACCUGCAAGAUCUGCAAGACCUUUUUGAUCCAUCUAGAAACAUGGCCAAGUAUAGAAAUAUUCUUAGUAGUCAAAGUAUGCAGCCUCCAAUUAUUCCACUCUUCCCUGUUGUCAAGAAAGAUAUGACAUUUCUACAUGAAGGAAAUGACUCCAAAGUAGAUGGUUUAGUAAAUUUUGAGAAGCUAAGAAUGAUUGCCAAGGAAAUCCGUCAAGUUGUUAGGAUGACUUCUGUUAACAUGGACCCAGCUAUGAUGUUCCGACAGAGCCCCUUGUUGUGGUCUCCAUAUACUUACAGGUCACUGAGUCAAGGCAGCACCAACUCAAACAUGCUAGAUGUUCAGGGGGGUGCUCACAAAAAAAGAGCACGCCGUAGCUCUCUGCUGAACGCUAAGAAGCUGUACGAGGACGCCCAGAUGGCGAGGAAGGUGAAGCAGUAUCUUUCCAGUCUGGAUGUGGAAACAGAUGAGGAGAAGUUCCAAAUGAUGUCAUUGCAGUUGGAGCCUGCAUAUGGUACUUUGACCAAGAAUUUAACUGAAAAAAGAUUAGCCAAAUCAUCAGAAAUGUCUCCAGUGCCUAUGAGGUCAGCUGGCCAAACAGCCAAAGCCCAUCUGCAUCAGCCCCACAGAGUAAGCCAAGUUCUUCAAGUGCCAGCUGUUAACUUGCACCCCACCAGGAAAAAAGGGCAAUCAAGAGAGCCUGUCACAUUGAGUACAAGUUCACCUCAGAAAGUUUUAGGAACAACUGAAGAAAUGAGUGGUAAGAAACAUUCCGAAGACACUGUUUCCAUGACAUCGUCCGUACAUUCCAGUCCUCCUGGAUCUCCUCAAGGUUCCCCACGCAAAGGUUACACACACACACCAUCAGCUAAAUUGGACUUGUCUGACUCCAGCCAUAGUGAGAUUUCUUCACGGUCCAGCAUUGUGAGCAAUUGUUCUGUUGACUCCAUGUCUGCAGCUCUGCAGGAUGAACGGUGUUCCUCCCAGGUGGCAGCAAUCCCUGAAUCCACGGGGCUGUUGGAAAGGACAGAGCACUCCUCAGGGACGGGAGACCAUCAUCAGCGUGGCCCCGGGUGGACACUCUUAAAGCCAUCUUCAAUUAAGAGUUUAGCUGUCUCAUCUUCUAUGAGCAAUGAAGAGAUUUCUCAUGAGCACAUCGUUAUAGAAGCAGGCGAUAGUGGUCGUGGAAGCUGGACUUCCUGCUCAAGCAGUUCCCAUGACAACUUCCAAAGCCUUUCAAACCCAAAAGGCUGGGAUUUUUUGAACUCCUUUCGACAUACCCAUUUGGGAGGCCCCAUUGCUGAAGUGGAACCCACUGACUGUGAGCCCUAUUCCUGUCCUAAAGGCUGCUCCAGAACUUGUGUUCAUUGUAAAGGAGGCCUGGAGGCUAAUCGGAUGAGACAGAGUUGGGCCUCCUCUGGUUCUCUUUCGGACACGCACGAACCAAACUAUGGCACAGUUAAGCGGAGAGUGUUGGAGAGCACCGCAGCUGAGUCAUCUGAAGGCUUGGACCCCAAGGAUGGUGCUGACCCAGUUUAUAAAACUAUUACUUCAAGUACAGAAAAGGGCUUGAUUGUGUACUGUGUCACCUCCCCCAAGAAGGAAGAUAGAUAUAGGGAGCCACCUCCCACUCCUCCAGGAUACAUGGGGAUCUCGUUAGCAGACCUAAAGGAGGGACCCCACCUACACCUAAAGCCUCCAGAGUACAGUGUGGCCGUGCAGAGGUCAAAGAUGAUGCAGAACAGCCUGUCUAGACUGCCAUCGGCAUCUCUCAGUAGCAACCUCAUGGCCUGUGUUCCAUCGAAGACUGUCCCUCAGCCUCAGAGGCAUAGCGUGCAGCCGUCCCAUCCUAAGCUAGCAGACGCGGCUGACGCAGAUAGCGAAGCAGACGAAAAUGAACAGGUGUCAGCAGUCUAGCCUUUGGAUGGCCCAUUUGACGUCGAAAAGUCCUGGAGGAAGGAGUGGGCAGAGCCACCUCAUGGUUCCACAGGCCGGCAAACAGCACCCGGCUGCUGCUGCUGCUGCUGCUUCCGCUCCCCAAGGUGUCGCUCCCUGUCCUCUGAGUCCUGCCUCCUUUCCUUAAUCCUGCACAUGUGCCGUCUCCUCAGCCGUGGAUGUGUGCCUGGAUACGUCCUCACCUACGCACCAGACCUGCCUUGGGACCAAGUUACUAGAACAAAUCCAGACUCGAGUCCUCCUCGUGUAUAAUAUUACAUCUCUCUAGCUUUUCCUUUAACAAGUUAUUUUUUUAAAUAGUAGUGGUAGUAUUUUUAAGCCAUAGCUUGGGCUAAUGGACAAAUUCAAAAUGUCUGCCAAUAUUGAAAAUAUUCUUGUGUAUUUGAAAAGUAACUUAUUUGAAAUGUGCUUUUGUUUGUAUUUGGAAGCUCUCAUUUGUGGAUGUUUGUUUGAGACCAUAAGACUGUCUGGUCUGGCCUCACAGAAGUCGCCUUUGUAGGGUGAUACGCUUGAUCUGGACAGAACUCUAGCUCCGAUGCGAGUCAGGUCUCAGUCUGAGUGGAAUUGGAUGCCUUGCACUGGAGGGGUAGGAAGAAAAAUACUCCUGUGCUGGUCUCGAUUCGGACGGCCAAGUGCAAGAAUGAAAUCUCGAUGUUAAAUAAUGUAUUCUAAGGCUUUUUGAACUUAAAUUCAUGCUGCAUCUAACUAAAAGUAUAAAUCCAGUAAAUAGAGAAUGUGUUCUAGAGCAUUCUACUCCAUAGAAACCCGAAACUAAAAGUUUCUCAACUCAGAUAUGGAGUUCUUUUCUAAAGGAUGUCAUCCUUGCUGGUGAGACCCUGAGGACGAAUUUAGCUGUGGGCAGUCUCUGCUGCACCUCCCCAUCUCGGGGCCUCCCCCCUGCCGGCAGUGAAGCCCAUUAGCUCAUGAAGGUACAUAAUUGGUUGGAAUUUGGGGGGUGGGGAGGGAGGUGCUAGGAUUAUGGAAAUGAAUUAUCUCUCAGUUCCCAGUCUAGCCUAAGACAGAAAGGAAAUAUAUUUUUUAAUAGCCUGUUGGGCAUGGCACUCUUAGGUAUUUAUUUUAAAUUUUAGUGGUUGUUUAGUGGACAAGCUAGACUUUCCACAUUUUUUACAAGUAAAAUAUAAUGUGUUCUCUA